CUGUCUUGUAGCUUCGAUAAUCGGAACAUAUACUGCCUUUUAGCCAGUCUUCAAUUCUUUUGGUCCCAUGCCAUUCUAUGGUUUUCAGGUACAAGGUAUCAAGUGUUGAAUAACAGAUCAUGUAGCGGAAUUCCUAAACAAGACCCUUCAUUUGUUACUGGUGAAGAUCGGUCACCAUCUAAGGAUAAUAUGACUACUGUUGCUGGGCAGACGAAAGGGAUUGUACUAAAUAAGGAUGACUUUAGUUCCAGCGAAAAGUUUGGUGGUGGACAAAACUAUCGAUGGCAUAAAUUAGAGAACUAUAAGAAGGACUUUUUUCCAGAACGGCACCCUAGGAAGAAGCGUGCACAUCAUCAGCAGAUGGGAUCAUCUCCAACCAAUAGAUUACAGGGUAGUAUACGAAUAAAUCAAAGGAGGUUCGAAGAAGCGUUCAUCAACAAUCCCGAUGGUAGUGAUUUCACUGACAUUGCCAUUCUGGGAAUGAAGGAUCGGAAUCGGGCACUUCAUGGUGACAUCGUUAAGUCUGAUAAGGACGGAGAUAAGAUGAGUCUUCUUGGUGAUAAGAGUAUGCAGUUAGACGGAAAUCUCGAAAUUGUGAAUGAUUUGGGCAACUAUUUCGAAACGUCGUCAAGAAAACAGUCUUCUUACCGUACCCUAUCAGAAUUACCACUUGAAGAAUGGAAUAUACUUGAUUCCUACCUACAGAAAACCGCGGAAGUAGUAGGAAUCCUAGAACGGAAGCACUCUCGACUGACAAUGGGCCGUCUAGAGCUAUCCUCUGCUUCACAACGAUAUUGGAUCAAGUUUUCGCCAACCGAUUCGCGUAUACCACGUCUUAUGAUUGCCGCUUCAAAACUUCCUAGAGAAUUCUUGAACAGACCUCAGGACUUUUCUCAAAUUUUAUUUAUUGCGAAGAUACUGGAAUGGACUGAUGAUUCCGUCAUGGCAGUCGGUGAAAUUCAGAAACAACUAGGACCAGCUGGUGACAUUAGUGUGCGCUUAAAGUAUCAAACCGUGGAAACCGAGGGUUUGUUGGCAACGAGUGAUGUUGAUGUACGAGAGUUUCCUGAAGAGGUCAUUUCUUGCCUACCUUCAGUUUCUUCGGAGACUGGUUGGAAGAUGGAUGGGGAUGAGAUCACAAGACGUCGUGAUUUACGUGACCAAAUAAUCUUCACAAUUGAUCCCAAAACAGCAAGGGAUCUUGAUGAUGCUCUUUCUAUAAGACCGUGUAGAAAUAUUGACGGGAGUGGUACUCAUGGUUGGGAGGUUGGAGUGCAUAUAGCUGACGUUUCUUAUUUUGUGUUGGAGAACACACCACUGGAUGAGUGGGCAUUAAAUAGAGCUACGAGUGUCUAUCUCGUCGAUAAGGUUAUUCCAAUGUUACCCCGUCUGCUUUGUGAAGAUUUGUGCAGUCUUAAUUCUGGAGUUGAUAGGUUAACGUUUUCCGUAAUGUGGAAAAUGGAUGAUAAGGGAAAUGUACUGGAUGAGUGGUUCGGAAGAACAGUUAUACGAUCACGAGUCAAGCUCGCGUACGAACAUGCACAGGAUUUCAUCGAAAAUCCAGAAACUGACUUUCUUGAUGCCGAGUUUCCCGAGAUAUCUGAUGGAGUCACUGUAGCCCAAAUCAAAGAAAAGGUGGGGACUGAUGCUCUUAGCGAUUGGAGGUUGGCCAGCAUAUUCAUUUUAAAGGUGCUGCAACUUCACGACAUCGCCAGGGUACUCCGACGGAAUCGAAGACAAAAUGGGUCGCUGCGGCUCGACCAACCAAAAUUAAAUUUUGUGCUCGAUGACGAAACAAAGUUACCCAUUGGGGUGUCAGUCUAUGAGGUCAUUUCAUACAUUCUUAGUUUAGUCUCGUUUUUGCUGAACGUUUCAAAGGAAUCCAAUCAUUUAGUAGAGGAGUUCAUGCUGCUAGCUAACUUGGCAGUCGCGAGAAAAAUUGAAAGGCAUUACCCAGAGACAGCGCUACUUCGUUCACAUCCCCCGCCGAAGGAAAAAGUACUUCGAGAUGCGAUCAGGUGGUGCAACUUGAUUGGUUUCCCCAUAAGUGGGACAUCAUCACUAGAAUUAUGCAACGCUUUGGCGCCAUUUCAUCAGAAAACGCAGUUAUGCCGAUCAAUUAACCAGGUACUGUCUCUGAUUCUAAUGAAAGCAAUGGAAGUUGCUCUUUAUUUCUGUGCAGGUACCGUCCAGAGCCAAGCCUCUUACCACCAUUAUGCGCUGAAUGUGCCACUGUAUGUGACCGAUCAUUUCAGCUAUACACACUUCACAUCACCGAUCCGCCGUUAUCCAGACAUUGUUGUCCAUCGCUUGCUAGCGGCAGCAUUGAAUUAUUGUGAACCAUCAGAAAUAAGUACAACAGAGCUCGAAAUCAUUGCUAAACAUUGCAAUGAUAAAAGGCUUAUUGCGAAGAGAGUUUGGGAAAGCAGCGGAGAAAUCUACUUUUGUGUGAUGGUGCAGAGAGUUGGACCGAUUGAAGCACGUGGCGUAGUUGUGAAUGUUCUUGAUGCCGCAUUCGACGUUCUGAUUCUCAAAUAUGGUGUGAUAAAACGUGUGUACGUUAAGGCUCUACAAAUGUCUCGAGACCCGAUUUUUGAAGAGGCUUCGUUGAAACUUACACUUUUUUGGCAAACUGAUAAAGGGGUGAUGGAACAGCUUAUACAACUGUCUACUCUCGUUGAUGUCGUGCUGACAGGUCUACGAGAACCGAUGAAAUACGAAGCGAUAAUUAGACCGAAAUCUAGUCAAGAAUCGCCAACUCUGUUCCAACUAUGGUGUGAGGAACAAAAGUCCUCUAAUAGUGAAUGUGAUAAUAACGUUGACUUGAUCUGA